GUAACACAUAACCUAAACAAGUUUACUUAUUUGUUUACAUUUGAUAAUUUAAAAGUAGUACGUAAAUUAAAUCAAAAAAUGGUUAAUAAAAAUUUCUAUAACACAAUUCUUAGCUUAACUUUUUGUCCUCGUGGAAAUUAUUUAGUUGCAGGGGAUAUUUACGGUCAAAUUUCAGUUUUCUAUUUAUCCAAAAUCCUAAAUCCAGAAGGAAACUUGACAAAAUUUGAUCAGACACCCAAGCAUACUUUCACAAUUGAAAACAAUCUUCAUAUAAAUAGUCUAUUAACAACUGAACAGUAUCUUGUUGUGGGAACUUCAGUAGGUAUUAUUGGUUAUGAUUGGAAAAAUAUUAAAAAUGGAAAAGAGGCCAAAAUAUCAUGGAAAAUUGAACUACCUAAAGUACAGAGCAACUUUGAAAAAAUUGACAUCAAUUGUAUGGUUUUAAGUAAAGACCCUGGACUAAUUUAUGUCGGAUGUGAUGAUAACAACAUUUAUUGUGUUAACAUUGAAUCUAGUGCAAUUGUGAGAACACUCAAAGGACAUUCAGAUUAUAUUCAUGAUAUCUAUAAACUAGAAAACGAAUUGGUUUCUGGAGGUGAAGAUGGUUUAGUUAAUGUAUGGGAUUUAAGAGAAAAAGAUGUUGCAUGUAAGGUAGAACCAUGGAAAAGAGAUAACAUUGCAAGGAAUGAUCUGGGAAAGUGGAUUGGAGCUGUAUCAUUAAGUGACGAUUGGAUAUUGUGUGGGGGAGGACCAAGGCUUUCUUUGUGGCAUUUAAAAUCCUUAAAUAACUCAAUGAUAUUUCCACUUGAAGACAGUGGAAUUCAUGUAGCAGAACUUUAUGAAGACAAAGUAUUUGCUGGUGGCAGAUCUAAUUAUUUUUAUAACAUGAGUGUAAAUGGGAAUAUUGCAGCUGAAAUUCCUGUUUCAUGUGUGACAGUAUAUAGUGCUAUUCAUCAAGAAAACCCCCAAAAGACACUUUGUAUAGCGGGUUCAAGCCCAAAAAUUGACGUUUGCACUAAUUUUACUUAUAAGGAUCAAGUAUUAUCAUUAUAUUAGUUUGUAAAUUAUUCAUUACAAUAUA